CUACUGCAAUGAGGGCGUGUUACAGAUAAGCCAUUGCAGGGUGGGAGAUUUCCAUUCUCGGCGUCACCGACAAUGGAAGCACUAGGUCUUCCUGCAAUUGGUCUUUUCAAUCGCUGCUCCUGUUUUCACAGGCCCAGUGCCUUCACGAUGGUUCUGGGUACUCCUAAAUAUGGCUGCCACGCGAGUUUAGCUUCCUUCAAACUCAAACCUUCUUCUACAACAAGAACUCACCAUUCGAAGAGUGUCAUUCGAGUACAAGCUGAUAGUGAAGACUAUGAAUUGAAGCAAAUGAGGGACAUGGCUGCUGCGAGAAAGAGAUGGGAAACUCUGCUCAGGGAAGGCAAAGUUAAAGUUCUUACGCCAAGGGAAGCUGGGUAUGCGGUUCAGCUUUCCAACAAACCCUUACUUGAUGUUCGUCCCUCCAACGAGCACAAGAAGGCAUGGGUCAAAGGUUCAACCUGGAUUCCAAUAUUCGAUGUUGAUAAUAACCUAGAUGCUGGAACCGUUGGCAGGAAAGUCACGAAUUUUGUGAUGGGAGGAUGGUGGAGUGGCGUGCCUACACUUUCUUAUGACAGCCAGUUCUUAGCAAAAGUUGAGCAGAAAUUCCCCAAAGAUACAGACUUAAUUGUUGCGUGCCAGAAGGGACUGAGGUCUUUAGCUGCUUGUGAAAUACUGUAUAAUGCUGGCUACACAAAUCUAUUUUGGGUUCAAGGAGGUCUUGAGGCUGCUGAAGAAGAGGAUCUUAUUAUAGAGGGCCCUUUGCCUCUUAAAUUUGCUGGAAUUGGUGGCGUUUCAGAGUUCCUUGGUUGGACUGAGCAACAGAGAGCCGCUGCAGCGAAGGAAGGUUGGGGUUACAGAUUAGUGUUUUCUGCACGCUUGGUUGGACUAUUUCUUCUUGCUGAUGCGUUAUUUCUCGGUGCUCAGCAAGUUGCUCGCUAUCUUCAAGAUAUUAGAAGCCAUUGAAGUGCAAGGGCUGCUUCGAGCAUAUUAAUUAAUAACCCUUCCAGGAGAAAAUCUCUUGGCCAUGGACGAGCAUGUAGAGACAGAAGGCUGAAGAACUCAAUUUUGGAUGCUUAGCUUGGUAAAGCCUUAACCGUCAAAUACCAUUUAGUUUCAAGUAGGCGCUUUCUAAGAAUAGUUGUGUUUGUGAUUUCCUCUUCGUUUUUCAUUUUUCUUUUCAAAGCAACGGUAUGAUUUUUGUCUCUGUUAGAGGCUGCUUUUGUAUUGUAAUUGUAAUCUUCCUCUGUUUGAGUUUAGGAUUUUAGGUUGGCCUCAUCCUUGUAUAUUUGUCAGAAAAUUUUUGAAUAAAUCUACGCAGCACAUUCACAAUAUUAAGUAGUGAAAUCAUUUGAUUAUUACUGUUUGGU